AUGCGUCUUAAAUACCGCUGUUCCCUGCCCCUAGGCCGCAUAUCUGCUUCGGUUUGCCGCCAUCCCCGGAGACUGCUCCAGUCUACCGCAAAACGCGCCUCAGCUCGCCCGCCGCAGCAGUUAUCUGCACGCACCAUCGACUCUAGCCAAUUGUUGUCCCCAGAUCCAAGAGCACUCAGGAACGAGCGUACAGAUUCAUUCGUCCCGGAGUAUCUUAGUGAUUCGAUUCAGAAGAUAAAGGACCUUGCCGCUGCUAUUGAAGGAAAACAUCUGCCUGACGAGUUACAUGGGGGUGUCUGGCCGACAGAUGACAGAGUCCGCUGCGCUGUCAAAGGCAUCCGCCAUCAUGUCGAGUUCGCCAAGUCCAUCGAGGUGGCUCAGCUUUGCUCUAGCUCUCGCCGGAACGGCGAAGUAUUCUCGAGAGCACGCAACGCCCGCCUCAUCAUGAGUAACACCAUACCCGAGAUGGUUUCCGAAAACACCAAGCCGUAUUGCAUUUGGCAUCCUGACCUCGCGACUGAAGGGACCUAUCGAGAGCUCGCCCACCGGUAUCCCGAUAUGCGCUACCAUGUCGGGCGCGCCUGUGCUGUCGCUGGUUAUACUCAAUUAUACCAUGAACUUAACCUCUUACCGGACGUUUCCAUCGCGGAAGAGGCUAGGGACAACAAUUCUACUGCGAUAUUCGAGUCAAUCAUGGGAAAUCAAGUCAAGUAUGCGGUGAUGGACGACUACAGGCGACUGGUUCACCUCGAGAGCCCAACAGCCGGGGCAUUCCUCAAUUGCGACACAGCUGUCCGUUCGUCUCUUGAUUUUCACCGAACUCUUGGGGACGAAGAAGCGAAUGAAUAUUACGAGCAUUACUUCGACAUUCAAGAAGAUGGGCAUAUCAGCACCAAAUGGUCUCCAAAACUUGGCUCCAGUCGAAUCGACGACAAGUUCGCUGGCUUGCUUUACGCGCCACUGCCGAGAGACCUACCCAACAUAAAUAAGGACAUACUCAUUCUUGCUGCCGCUUGGGAUGGUAAUAUCGAUCGUUAUGCGCGGCUGCGACGCCCCAAGUAUGUCAAUGGAGAAAUCUCCGCCGUCAUGCGCGGCGCUCAGCAUCACACCGCUUUCGCCAGGUGGCUUGAUACCUGCGUGGAGGAUUUGUUUGACCAAGACGGUGUCGAGUUCUUCAGAAAAGCCAUCAAUGCUCGCUUCAUCAUGAACAAUGAUUUGUCGCGCAUAACGCCUGAGACUGAUGGGGAAAUACUGCCAGAGAUGUUCUGGUGGCCACAGCGGCCACAUGAAGAUACUGUGAGGGAGCUGGCCUGGCGACGUCCCGACCUAAAACAUCAAUGUGCCAUUGCUUGCAUCGUGUGUAACUACCGCAGUCUUUUCGACGAACUACAGGUCCUGCCUUCUCGUUCGCAAUGGAAUGCGGCCUGCCAGAGCCCGAAUCCAUGGUACAGAAAUGAUAUCGAGAAACGCGCGAAGGCUGCCGGCAUUGACAUUGGAGUAAAGCAUGUAAGCUUGAUCGAAGGGAUUCCCCCAGAUGGUAUCUGGACUCCGAGAUUUCUCCGGUGGGAUAAGGAGCCGUCCGGAGAUGCAGAGAUGCCCGAGAUGCUUGAGUGCAACGCCGAGAGAAGGUCCGACAGCAUGUACAGUUUUGAGGAGGAGUUUGAAAUGGGUGGGUUCUUCAACGACCACAUGCAGCAGCAAAUGGCGGCGUGGAGUACCUACUUAAGCGCCACGGACGAGGCGAGAAAAACCAUGCUUCCAGGUCCCAUGUACUCUCAUCGCGAGGCUGUGAAUCGGCGUCAAGGGACACCACCAACACCAAGAAAGCCGUUUGUCAAGGAAUUCGAUGACUUGCCCUAG